AUGCGUAUUAAGUUUAAAGAAAUUGAUCUUGAUAAUAAGCGUGAGCAGUUGCAAGAUAUUAUUGAUGAUUGGAAAGCGGAUAUGGUGCAAAAAAUCGAAUCAAUUCACGAUAAACACUCGGAAAAAAUUGACGAGAUGUUUGAUAAAUUAGAACAGCAAAAACUAACGAAUAAGUUGUUUGCACGCGGGUUAAGGCAUUCAUCUGCUUUCACCGUAGUAUCUAUUGCUAAUUGCGAGUCUUAUGUUGUGAAGAUAGAAGAGGAUAUUGAACAACUCGAUAAACUUAUUAAAAAUAUAAACGCGGAAAUAUUAACGAAAACAUUGAGAACCCAAACCCAACUGAAUGAAGUGAUCGAUGUUGACGAUAUUCCGAUUCAUCAAAUCUGUCUUGAGGAAUCAAGUCGGGAUUCAAGUCAUUACACGUAUUACAGGUAA